AUGUGUCCCGGUGCCGACUCCGAGCCCAAUGGGCAAGCUAACGGCGCCAACGGUGCCAAUGGCGCUGAUCACCCCGGCUUCACCGGUAUUGAGACCCGCCAGAACCCUCACCCCUCCGCCUCCCGCAACCCCUACGGCCACAACGUCGGUGUGACCGACUUCUUGAGCAAUGUCUCCCGUUUCAAGAUUAUCGAGAGUACUCUGCGUGAGGGCGAGCAGUUCGCCAACGCUUUCUUCGAUACCGAGAAGAAGAUCGAGAUUGCCAAGGCCCUCGACGACUUUGGUGUUGACUACAUUGAGCUUACCAGCCCCUGCGCUUCCGAGCAGUCUCGUGCCGACUGCGAGGCUAUCUGCAAGCUUGGUCUGAAGGCCAAGAUUCUUACUCACAUUCGCUGCCACAUGGAUGAUGCCCGUGUUGCUGUUGAGACCGGUGUCGACGGAGUCGAUGUCGUCAUUGGUACCUCCUCCUACCUCCGUGAGCACUCCCACGGCAAGGACAUGACCUACAUCAAGAACACCGCCAUUGAAGUUAUCCAGUUCGUCAAGUCCAAGGGCAUUGAGAUCCGUUUCUCCAGUGAGGACUCUUUCCGCUCUGACCUCGUCGAUCUGCUCUCCAUCUACUCUGCCGUCGACAAGGUCGGUGUCCAGCGUGUCGGUAUCGCCGAUACCGUCGGCUGUGCUUCUCCCCGCCAGGUCUACGAGCUCGUCCGUGUCCUCCGUGGUGUUGUCGGCUGUGAUAUCGAGACCCACUUUCAUAACGACACUGGCUGUGCUAUUGCCAACGCCUACUGUGCCCUCGAAGCCGGUGCCACUCACAUUGAUACCUCCGUCCUCGGUAUCGGUGAGCGCAACGGUAUCACCCCUCUUGGUGGUCUGAUGGCCCGCAUGAUGGUCGCCGACCCCGAAUACGUUAAGAGCAAGUAUAAGCUGGAGAAGAUCAAGGACAUUGAGGACCUCGUCGCCGAGGCUGUUCAGGUCAACAUCCCCUUCAACAACUACAUCACCGGUUUCUGUGCCUUCACCCACAAGGCCGGUAUCCACGCCAAGGCCAUCCUCAACAACCCCAGCACCUACGAGAUCAUCAACCCUGCCGAUUUCGGUAUGACUCGUUACGUCCACUUCGCCUCGCGUCUGACUGGCUGGAACGCUAUCAAGUCGCGUUGCCAACAGCUCAAGAUCGACCUGACCGAUGCUCAGUGCAAGGAGUGCACUGCCAAGAUCAAGGCUCUGGCCGAUAUUCGCCCCAUUGCCGUCGAUGACGCCGACUCCAUCAUCCGCGCCUACGCCCGCAACCUCAAGCUGGGUGAGGACAAGCCCUUGAUGGAUCUGACUGCCGAGGAGCAGGCCCAAUUCGUGGCCAAGGAGAAGGAGAUUGCUCUCGAGGCUCAGAAGAACGAGGUUACUGCUUAA